AUAGUCAGAGGACGUUCGACCGCACGCAACCAAAACGUAGAAAACGCGAGGAGUCGCGCGGAGCCGUGAAAGUUGUCCAGUUUAUUCAUUCAUUAUAAUCCAUUGGGAUCCCGGACUUGUUCUUCUCAAGAUAGCGACAGCAAGAGUGGAAGCACUUUCCGAGAGAAAAUUUUUUAUCAAGAACAUGACUUCGUUUUGGUUGAAUCGUCGUCUCUACGGGACUGAUUCGGCGUCCAGGAGUGCAAUCUUGAGGCUACGGAACAAGCGAAAGAGAAAGUCUGUAAUGAAAAAUCUGAAGGCUGGCUUCCGAAGGCUGAAAGCAGAGAUGCAAGAGAUCAGUAAGGAUCAACAAAGCAUCAAGGUAGGGCAAAAACAAGUCAGAGAAAAACUCGAAGCCAUUGAAGCUGAAUGUGCACAACUCAGGAAGGAUACGGACCUCAUGAUCAGGCAGAGUGCUGCGAGCAAGCUUAAUCUGUGUCUUAUGUUCAAAAUCCUAAAGGCCCGUGAAGAAGGCGAUUUUCUUAAGGCCACCCAGCUUGCUCAAUUGCUUCGCACAAUACUGACCAGGCAGAAUGAGUUAAGGCAGGGAUCUAUAUAAUGCAAAAAUGAGGAACGAAGGCAGGGUAUCCAUAUAAUGGACAAAUAAGGAAUAAUUGUUAAUAGGAUUAAGCUAGUUGUUAUUAUGUUCUAUGUUCUUGUUUUUUUCUCUUUUAGUGGAACCAGAUGCUGUGUUCUUCUGCUUAUCGUUAUUCUCUAUCAGUCAUUUCAAGUUU